AUAUGAAUUCUACAGAUUUUAGAAACAGAGAGAAACGGGAAUGCGUUAUUGCAGAAAUAGCUGGGUUUUUUCUUAGACACACUCAGUCAGGAAAGUGUCUCGCAGCUGAAACUCCAACCUUUCGAGAUAAUAGUUAUGGCACCCGUUAUUGGAUUAAAAUGGUCACCAACUGCUUAAGUGAUCUUGCGCUGUUCCGUUAUCUGGAUAACGAAGUGUUGCAUAAUAUCGAGACAGGAGGGAACGUCGUGUCUGAUAAUCCUCAUUUCAAAAAACGUUUGCUUAUAUAUGACGGAAAAAAUCAGGCUGGGAGAGAUUUUGCAAACAGCACAAAACAUCGUGUAAAACAAACAAAUGGUGGAUCUCUAUAUCUUUACAAUGUGGGUAAAUGUGUUGAGCCUAGUGUGCAGUAUGUUGACGUGAAAGAUACUUCAUGCACCGAAGAAGCAGCACAAAAAAUUACUUUCGGUUCUGUGACUCAGUACGGCGACAAAAUGAAAGAUGUUCAUUGUUCUCCAAUACAACGUAUGGUGAUCCACAAAGCUCAUUAUGGAAAUUUCAUUGAUGCUGCAACAUUCAAUGCCAAUGCAAAUAUUGAUAAGAAAUGUAGUCGACAAGCAAGUUGUGAAGUGAAAUCUCUUUGUGGUGGUAACAGAUCUUGUGAACUGACCAUUGACAAUAAUUUACUCUCGUCACAAUAUUGUCCUGAUACUACAAAAGAACUUUAUAUCGAGUACACUUGUGUGGAUAGUUAUACGAAUCCCAUAACAACAGUUUUAGCUCCCAACAUGAGAUUAUCAAAGUCACCAAACGAAGGUUUCAUUGAAAUAAAUGAUGGUUCUGCUUGGAGAAAAGUGAUAGAAGAAACCUGGGACAUCAGUGUUGAAAAAUCGUUGUGUCAGCACAUGGGAUUUAAAGGGACCGUGGGGAGCAUUGUUAGGACUGAGGGAAUCGAGCUAGGUCGUGAAAUUGCAAGUGGUGACUUAUGUUAUGACGUACCUCAAAACGAGAGAUGUUGUGUCCACCUUAAUCCCUCUGUAACAACAACAACAGUUAAGGCGCCAUAUGUGAAAUGCAAGAUAUGUGAGACUGCAUUAUUACAGAACCACACCAAGUUUCCAGACGCGAUAUUUUCUGGAAGUGGUUCUUCUGACGAUACCAAGUACCAAGAAGCGAGGUUUUCUAGCGAUGGUUGGUGCCCAACAGAGUCUGGAAAAAAAUAUCUUAAAAUUGACCUUCAAAACGAAUAUCACAUAACUCAAGUUGUGGCUAUGGGUGAUAAGGCCCAAAUAGGUUGGGGUGAAUCAUAUUCUUUGAAAUACAGUCAUGAUAAAAGUUUGGUGGAUAAAAAUCGUGCAAUAAGCUGUCUCGAUGUGAUAGGAAAUCAAAACAGUCAUCAAGCAUCGACUACAGACGUUGAUAUAUACAAUGCGAGAUAUAUAAGGAUAAAACUAAAUGCAACAACACUCUUUUGUCUGAGAAUAGAUCUCUGCGGUGAAGCCCAAACUCCAGCUAAAGUAACGAAGUUUAUGAUCACACCAUCUGAUUAUUCUGCCCAUCUGUCUUGGAACAUACCAGGUCCUAAUGAAUCUUCGUACAUAACACAUUAUGUUAUUUAUUUGAACGGGACCGAAGUGUGUAAAAUAUCUCGUGCAAUGUAUGGUAGUCAGUACACUCUUCGAGGACUUGAACCAUACAAGAACUAUACUGUUGGUAUACAGACACAGGAUGGUAAUUCUCAGAAUUCCUUGGUGGAAUACAAAACCUUCACGACCAAAGAAGCUGUGAAGAUAUGCGAGAAUGCAUUAUUACAGAACCACACCAAGUUUCCAGACGCGAUAUUUUCUGGAAGUGGUUCUACUGACAAUACCAAGUACAAAGAAGUGAGGUUUUCUAGCGAUGGUUGGUGUCCAACCGAGUCUGGAGACAAAUAUCUUAAGAUUGACCUUCAAAACGAAUAUCACAUAACACGAGUUAUGGUUAUGGGUGAUAAAGAUCAGACGAAGUGGAGUGGAUCAUAUUCAUUGAAAUACAGUCAUAAUGAAAGUUUGGUAGACGGUGGUAGUGGUUUACAGAUAACAGGAAACCUGUACAGCUUUCAAGCAUCGACUACGGACAUUGAUAUUUAUAAUGUGAGAUAUAUCAAGUUACAAUCAACUGGAAGCACAGACUUUUGUCUAAGAAUAGAGCUCUGCGGAGAAGUCCAAUCUCUGGCUCCUGUUCAAAACGUUGUUGCUAAACCAUCAAAUUUCUCUGUUCAUCUGUCAUGGACAAUACCAGCACCUGAGGCAUCCACUUUUAUCACACAUUUCAUCAUUUACUUAAACAGUACCGAGAUCAAAAGAAUAUCGCGCGCAUAUUAUGCAAAUCAAUACAUUCUUCGAGAGCUCACACCAAACACUAAUUAUGUUGUUGGCAUAAAGACACAGGAUGGUCAACUAAAGAAUACUCAGACAAUAGUUUACCACAAGUUCAAGACCAAAGAAGCUGUUCCAAGUGGAGCUCCACGCAGUGUUAUGAUUAAAUCUCGUAGUAAAAACUCGCUCGAAAUUUCUUGGAGAGCUCCUGAUAAGAUAUUUUGGAACGGUGAAUUGGUGGGAUAUCAGAUUUGUUUUUCUACAAAGGAAAAUGAUGAAAGUCCGAAAUGUUCAAACAUAAAAGUUUUAUCCGCCUUAUCAUACGUUAUUUCUAAUCUUAUUCCUUCAACAAAAUACUUUGUGACAGUCUCGGCUGGUACAAAAAUUGGUUUUGGAAACAAAAGCUCAGAAAUAAGUGAAAUAACAAAUGGAGAGCCUGUGAACCCUGUUGUGAUGUCCCACAUUGAUGUUCGUUUAACGAUACCUAAGGCAGCGCCUUAUAUAAGAGAAGUUCUGAUUAUUGUUCAAAGAGCCACAAGAAGUCAAACACCAAGUGAAGACAUAAAAACAAGUAAAUUGAGACCGUACCAAUCAGACACUCAAGAUCCUUACAUCACCGCUUAUUUAAGAGCAGACGUUCUCCCUUUGUCGUUCGUGAUCGGUGAUGGCAAAAAAUACAACUAUGAAAACGUAACAUACGUCAAUCAACCUCUUCAACCAAACACAAGUUACAACGUGUUUCUGAGAUUCUUGGAAAGCCAGAAUUCCUACUACUCCACAGGGUGGAGCAAAAGUAUAAAGACGAAGGUUACCCCAGGACCCAGUGGACCUCCACUUGAUGUUUCUUUGAAAUCUCGUGGUAAAUACACAUUGGAAGUAUCGUGGGAGGCUCCUGAAGAAAGUUCAAGAACUGCAGAAUUGAUUGGAUAUCAAGUUUGCUUUUAUACCAACGAGACUCCUUUAGAAUGCUUUGUGCUGGAAAAUACGAAUGUGCUUGCACUUACUCUGAAAAACCUUCAGCCUUCUACGAAGUACUUUGUGACUGUCGCAGCGAGCACAAAAGCUGGUUACGGAGAGAAAAGCUCGGUAGUGAGUAAGAUAACCAAUGGAGAGCCGUUGAAUCCUCUCACAACUUCCUAUUACACUCUGACGUUAAACAUCCCCAAAGCAGCAAACUAUAUUAGGCAAGUGAUGGUGAUCGUUCAAAAAGCCGCAAGCAGCUCACUACAAAGCGAAAAUAUUGAAACAAGUAAACUCAAGGCAUAUCAGACGAACACCCAAGAACCUUAUGUCACUGCAUAUUUAAGUACUGAUGAUCUUCCUUUGAUGUUUGUGAUCGGCGAUGGCAAAGAAUAUAAUUUUGAAACAGAAAAAUACUUUAACCAACCUUUGACAACCAAUUCCAGUUAUAUCGUGUUUUUGAGAUAUUUUGAGAGUCAGGAUUCGUACUACUCGACGGAAUGGAGCAGCAGUUUUAAAACUAUAGCCAAAGCACCUGCAGUUUGUUUGAAAUGUAACAUUUCUAAACAAUCCGCCGAAGACAAAACGUGCAUGGGUUUUCUUAUACCGCUGAUUAUUCUGGCUUUAUGUUUUCUGGUUUCACUUGGUGUUAUUGUGUACCAACGUCGUCUUCUUCAAAAUAAAGAUGUGAAUAAUGGAUAUGGAACCUCAAAACAGACGAACGGAAUGAAAGAUUUUGAUUCUAUUUCAAAAGAUCGGAGAAAAAACAAAAGAGCAAAGUAUGAUCAAAGAACUCCAAACGAUGAAACUGUUUACGAGACUCCAGAUGAUGUUAUUGAAGAAAUUGAGCGAAAUGAGGGUGCACGUUCACGUGGAAUAGAAAAAGGACAAGAAUCAUCGAACUACAUGUCGUUACAAGACAAAAAAGAACCAGCAAACGUUUAUCAGGCAUUGCAACCCCGCGUCACGAAUGAUAAUCAACGUCAUAUUAAGGAGGGUGGUCAGACAGUGGAAUAUCAAAAUCCUGUUUUCAAUGCAGAUCUCAGUGGUGAAUAGUUAUUCGUGAAAAAAAUUCUACAAAUAUUAUAAUAUAGACAUAGUCAUACAUGCAUUGGCAUUGUUCCUUAGCAGUACAUACAUAUAAACAAAUUCUGCCAACAUAAUUUUAGUAAUGUACACUAUAUUUGUCGGGUUUGAUUUGACUGUG